AUGUGUACAUGUAAGGACACGGGCAGGAUGUGUACAUGUAAGGACACGGGCAGGAUGUGUACAUGUAAGGACACGGACGGGAUGUGUACAUGUAAGGACACGGACGGGAUGUAUACAUGUAAGGACACGGACAGGAUGUGUACAUGUAAGGACACGGGCAGGAUGUGUACAUGUAAGGACACGGACGGGAUGUGUACAUGUAAGGACACGGACGGGAUGUAUACAUGUAAGGACACGGACAGGAUGUGUACAUGCGAGGACACGGACGGGAUGUGUACAUGUAAGGACACGGACAGGAUGUAUACAUGUAAGGACACGGACAGGAUGUGUACAUGUAAGGACACGGACAGGAUGGAGACAGCCUACAAUUACCGCGCCAUAAUUAGAGGGACGAGCGUGGGCCAGGCGGAGGACAGCACCCACGGGCUCUUACGUCCUCAGCACCUACAGGAACGCAAACAGCCAUCACCCUACACGUCGUACAGGAGCGCCAUCAGCAUCACCUACAUGAACGCCACUAAAUAA